AGCGGCCUCAGGAUGCUCCAAACAGUCCUAGCUGGGCACCGGGUCAUCAGGUACCGGAUCGUCUGGCUCGACAGCAGGCACCGGGUCAUCUGACGCUGGAUCGUCUGGCUCGACAGAGGGCAUCGGGUCACCAGGCAUGACAGCGGGCACUGGGUCAUCAGGCAUUGGAUCGUCUGGCUCGACAGCGGGCAUCGGGUCACCAGGCAUGACAGCGGGCACUGGGUCAUCAGGCAUUGGAUUGUCUGGCUCGACAGCGGGCAUCGGGUCACCAGGCCAUUUGGCUCGCCAGCGGGCACCGCGUCAUCUGGCAAGGCAGUGGGCACCGAGUCACCAGGCACGACAGUGGGCUCCAAGUCAACUGGCAUGACCGCGGGCACUGGGUCAGACAUUGGAUCGUCUGGCUCGACAGCGGGCAUCGGGUCACCAGGCAUCAGGUCAUUUGGCUCGACAGCGGGCACCGCGUCAUCUGGCAAGGCAGUGGGCACCGAGUCACCAAGCA